AUGGUGUCACAGGUCGAAGCAAGAAGGCUUAAAAAAGAUAGGAUCAGUGCAUUACUUAAAAAAGAUAGGAUCAGUGCAUUACCAAAUGCAGUUCUUAAUCACAUCCUUUCGUUCCUUAAAACCGAACAUGUUGUGAUGACCAUCUUUUUGUCUAAAAGAUGGAAGAACAUUUGGGCCUCUGUUCCUACUCUAGACUUCUGCGACCAAGAGUACCCUGAAAGUAUUCCUCAUUCGAGUUGGAUUGGCGCUGCCAUUAGGCGCAAUGUUGCUGAACUUUAUCUUUCUGUUAAGUAUGACGGAAGGUGUUUUCCGAAUCUCAAGUCUCUCUAUGUUCAUAUUGAUCAUCCUCUCGAUAACUCAAUGGAGGAGCUUUUCUCUUGCUGCCCUGUGCUGGAAGAUCUGAGCAUAAAUGGAACUCCUGGCCAGUAUGGAGAUGAGGGCGUUUUGAACUUCACUGUAUCUGCACCUGAACUGAAGACACUGAAAGUACAUUGGUAUAGGCAUGGUGUUGUUGAGAAGUGCAACUUUCAUGUUGUUGCCCCAAAGCUUGAAAAUUUUCAUAUCUUGCAGUAUCCUUCAACUGAAUGUUAUUUGGAAAAUGCAAAAUCUCUAGUCAGAGUUACAAUUGCUCUACAAUACCAUUUUGCAGAUGAAGAUCGUCUCUUUGCUCUCCGUGGAACUACGCUGUUUGCAGGAAUUUCCAAUGACUUCAAGUGCCCUGGAGCAUCUUCGAAUCAUGAAUGGAGUCCACCAGAUUCGGUACCUAUUUGUUUAUUGACGCACCUCAAAACCAUCUCUAUAAGGGGAUUCAGAGGAAAACAGGAUGAGAUGGAUGCAGCUAAGUAUUUGUUAAUGAAUGGCGAAGUUUUGAAGAACAUGACUUUUUAUAGUGAGGAUCUUUCUUUUUUUGGUCUGCAUAAUGAGGAUGCUUCACUUACAAAGGAGGAGGAGAUAUACCAGGAAUUGUCACUUUGCAAAUGGGGUUCAAAGACUUGUCAAGUUGAGUUUUACGGAGACCAAAAAGAUGACGUCUGGUCGUUGUUAGGUUUGCGUUCUUGGUUUUAG